CCUGGAUCUUCUUCUCCUUCAUUAAAAGGAAUGUUACUUCUGGAAAACGAAUUCUUAUCAAUUUGGGGGCUAGGGUUUGUGGAAUAAUCACCAUCGUGAGAAUAAUUUGCGGGCUGCUAGGGUUUUCCAGAAAUCCGUAACAAUGAAAUCGUCCACUUCUUCGUCAACUAUGUUACAAGGAAGCCAUGAAAGUUUCAUCUCUCAGCUUGGUACGAAGUCGGAACUGCCAUGGAAACAAGUUUGCUACUGUGGAGAUAAGGCCAUUCUAAGAAGGGCAAAGACCACUAAGAGUUUUGGAAGACAAUUUUGGGGGUGUCCUCAUUUUAAGGGGCCUGAUCAUCCCGGGUGUGGGUUUUUCGAGUGGUUCUGCGAAGAAUCUGAAGAACACAAUGGGCAAAUCAUGAUGGUUAGGUUGGAGAAGCUUGGAAGGAAUAUUGAACACAUACAAGAGGAGUUUGUCAAAAUUAGAUUGUCAACUGAAGAAAUAAAGAAAGAGACUGAACACAUACAGAGUCAAUUGAAGAAGAUGAUGAAAUAUGGAAAAUGCUGUAGCUUGAUGAUUAUCAUAAUUUUGUUUGUAACCUGUUUUAUUAAGGAUUAGGUUUUAUGUUAGUGAAAUAGUAUUGUGUACCAGUUAUAUGAACCAGUUAUGUACCAGGUUUAAUCUUCAAAUUGAAAGCAUUAUCUUGUGUUC